AUGCCCCGUCGUGUCAGCGGUCAACAUCUCGACAUCAUGUUUCAGUUCAAGGCCAUUAAGCGGUCAUACCUCUCCAGCGGUCUCGCUCAAGGUGUUAUUGGCGGCCUGGCCAACUUCGCUCCCUUGCUCAACGACCUCGAAUAUGUGUUUCAGACGUUAAGUGCUCCCAGGCACCGGUCGGCCGCUGCUGUACAAGACAGCAGGAUUGUGGCUCCUGCUAUGGCAGCCCCCAGUUCCCAUCCAGAUCCAGAUCCAGAGGCACAUCUUCAGGUACCUGGGGAUGAACUGAAGUACGAAAUAGUGGCAGAAUGGCAGCGUGCUAUGUCUCUAGAAGCUGUCCAAGACAAAGUUUGCGCAGUAUGCGGCAGAGAUACCCCCCCGAAGUCCAUCGCGCUAGUGAAUGCAGACAGCAUAGAUUUUUCUCUUCUAUGCAACCCAGAAUUACCAGUGCACGUGCUACCAACGACGUACAACCGGGCGGCGUACCACGGGGCCAUCCUACACCCAAAAGGGAUGACGACUUUGCACGAGAAGGGCGAUGUACAUAUUUGUAAGGCAUGCUUGCCUGAGUUGCAGGGCGGAUGCGCACAGAUGCCUAAAUUCGCUCUCGCGAAUUGGUUAUACUAUGGACACGAUAGGGUACCUGCUAAUGUAAAAGCUGCAUUUUCAGGCGCAACUUAUAGCGAACGCCUACUCGUUUCUCGAGCGCGGGCUAGCAAAAUCUCGUACAAAUUCAGUAAGCUCCCGGGGCAUUACCUCGAGGGAUCUCGCGAUAUGAUUUCGCAGGGUUGCAUCAAAGGCAAUGUUGCUAUACAUCCCCAGGAUGCUACACACCUCAACGACGUACUUCCUCCAGCAAGCGAAGUCAUUCGCGACAUGGUUUGCGCUGUCUUCGUCGGCGAGAAGAAACCCACUGCGGAGACGCUCGAGAGCCUGAAACCCGUAUUAGUGCGGAAGUCGAGGCUGAAGUCGAUGAUCAGCUUCCUUCUCGAAAACAACCCGUGGUACGCACGCGAAGACGGAUUCCAAGGAUUUAGUCAGAGGAAUAUGGAUGAUUUGUUUGGCCCUGGUACCGCAGAUGUUGAGCAAGGGGUACCCUGCUCGAUGCAGAUAGGUCAUAUUCAGCUGAACAAUGCAGUAGCGGGAGCGACAGCCGGAUAUGUUCCUGGAGCGGACGAUCAGUCACUGCUAGAGGACGACGGGACACUCAUGGAAGCGGUCGGAUAUACUGAAAGCGAUGAUGCCCUGAUGGACUUCCAUGGAUUGACGUUGAAGGCGAUAGCGCACUGCAUGAAAGGUGGAGGGUUUAUCCAGUCGCAGGCAGGCUCGCGCUUUGUGCCGGACUUCCAGAACCCGCGCUUGCUGUCAUGGUUGUUCCCGCAUCUAGACCCCUGGGGUAUCGGCGGGUUUUUUGAGCCACGCCGUCGCAUCGCGCUCACAUUGGAUCAGCAACUAAGCUACAUGCUGUCUGUACAUGGCUCACCGUUCAGGCAUGAUCCAGAUUUCGCCUUUGUGUACUACAACAUUCGGCAGAAACGAGCCGUAUUUGAUUCUAUCGCAUUCCGAGUGCCUGCAUCGCAACGUGACUAUGUGACCGCCCAGAUGAUGAACGUGGAUGUGCCUACUGUAGAAAAGCUGAUUAAAAAUUUCAAAAUAAAUCCACGAUAUCAGCCUGCCACCGAGGAGGAAACUGCGAUCGUGAGACUGUUAACAAAGGUCAACACCGUCUCUCAUGAUCUGCCAGGAUCCAACGGCUACAAAGUAAUGUUGCGAAAUCAGAUACGUGCUCUUAUAAAUUAUGAGGGGACGCCAACCUUGUUUGUUACGCUGAAUCCUUCGGAUAGAGACCACCCCCUGGUGAGGCUGUAUGCUGGGGACGAGGUCGUAGUAGAUGACGUUAUGCGCGGAGAAGAGUAUUCGUAUUGGCAGCGCAUGGUCAUCGCUGCAGAAAAUCCGUCAGCGUGUGCACGAUUUUUCGACCAGAUGAUGAAUCAAUUCAUAAAAGUUGUACUGCGUGCCGGGACCAAGAAGAGCGGUUUAUUCGGAAUUGCGUGA